AUGCCACCAUCUUAUAGUAUCGUCUCGACAGAUACGAUAGAAUUACAGCCAACUGGAUCUACACCAAGUGGAACGAGUGCUCGUCAUCUCGAAGACAAUCGACAUGGACAUUCCAGAAGAGGAUCGACCGCCUCAUUCGUUCUCUUGAAAGCAGGAGUUCACCAUGACUCCGAAAACGAUACCGACACAUCUGGACUUGGAUGCUCUAGUAAACUAGCCGUACAAGCCUUGCCAUCUUUAUUAAUAAGCGUAGUCGGCCUUGUUUUUGCAGGGUGGAUGUUGGAUGUCUUUCAACAUUGGCCUGUCUUUGUUCAAGUUUCUGAGCUAUUUAUACUUGUUCCUGUGUUACUAAAUCUCAAGGGUAAUCUAGAGAUGACUCUGGCCUCUCGUGUUUCGACUUUUGCAAAUAUGGGGCACAUGGACUAUCCCGAUAAAAGGAAUUCGAUUGUUUUGGGUAAUCUGGCCCUUAUUCAGGUGCAGGCCUUGAUCGCUGGUUCGAUCGCUGGUAUCUUCUCCUUUAUUCUCGGAAUCCUCAGGCACCCCACGGCCCCUACAACUGUCAGUGAGAGCAUAUUGGUGAUCACUAGUUCAAUGGUUUCUGCAACAGUUUCUAGCUUCGUAUUGGGUGUAUUUAUGUGUAUUCUUAUCAUUGUAAGCCGAAUGCUCCGUAUUGAUCCUGAUAAUAUUGCAUGCCCUAUGGCUUCCUCUUUGGGUGAUGUUGUGACACUUGGAAUCUUGGCAGCCUGUGCACAUUUUCUAAUGGUGCGCCUAGAUUCAAAGUUGAGCUUAUUUCUGCUUAUUGGGAUGAUCAUCUCUAUCCCAUUUUUUGCAAAAUCUGUUUGGAAAAACAAACAUGUCAAGAACUUGUUGUAUUCUGGGUGGACACCCAUUAUUCUUGCAAUGUUGAUUUCAAGUUUUGCCGGCCUUGUUUUGGAGCGUUAUGUUGAACAUUUCAAGGGUUUGGCUAUGCUUACUCCAAUUUUGUGCGGUUUAUCUGGUAAUUUGGGAUCAAUCUAUGCUUCACGUAUCAGUACCUGCCUGCACACAGGUGUUCUUGAACAGUACACAAGAGUCGAAUGGACCCUUAUGUUUAUGAACGUCCCAGUUCAGAUAUUGUUUCUCUUCAUUGUCUGGCUACUGAACCUUGGCCAUCUUGAUUUCACAGUCUAUUUUGCCUUUACUUAUUUUAUUGUCUCAAUGAUUUGUACAUGGCUUGCUCUCAAGAUGGGUAAAUCAAUGACCCUUAUCUUCUGGAAACAUGGUUAUGAUCCUGACAACUAUGUUCUUCCCUACCUUACUGCUAUAAUCGAUGUGAUUUGCACUAGCCUUCUAGUGAUUUCAUUUACUCUUCUGUCAGAAUACGGUCUAUCAGAUCUUUCUGCGCCGGUUUCCACGAGCAAUACCCAUUAA